AUGGAAUUUGCUUUGGUGAAAAUUCCGCGGAAAGAUGGCACAGACAAGGAGACCGAUGAAUUGAUAGAGGCAGGAAAAGUAGACAUCAUCCAUUCAUCUCCCGAGUCAUUAGCUGGAGACGGCCAAUGGAGAUCAACAAUACAAAGACUUAAUGAAACCGUUAUCGUAGUAGAUGGAUUCCACACAGUUAUCACAUGGGGUGGUCUAGAAGCAGAUAAGGAGGAUAAAGUGUUCCGAAAGUGGUUCCGGCGUGUUGGAGAGAUCCGAUCGUACUUUCCUGAGGCAUCAUUAUUAGCACUAAGCGUGACUUGCACAAAAACAAUUAAAAAGAGAGUGAUAGAAGUUUUGGGACUGAAGGACUACACGAACAUUACAGUUUCCCCAAAUAUAGAAAACAGCAAGUAUAUUGUGAAGAAAGUGGACCCGAACAUUGAAAGUUCUUUGUUGUGGAUUUUGGACUCAUUUCGUGAUUUAAAAGAGGAGUUCCCGCGGACAUUAUUUUAUUGCAACUCAAUAAGAGAUGUUGGGUGUGUGUACAACUUCAUAGUGUCUGAACUAUCAGAUGUUACUAACAUUGAACACAUGGUAGAUAUGUUUCAUUCUGAAACAACAGAAAAUUAG